CACCCCUCCCACAUCCAUCCUCGGUCCAGAAUCCACAGCCUGCACUCAUCCAGGUCUUCACACUGUCCAGGAAUCCCAGCACAUCCUGGUCUCCUUCAGAAGCUCACAGGAACACUCACACAAACUGUGCCUCUUGAGCAAACAAGGAAUUAGCAAGACACCAAGGAACUCAUUCUCCACCCUUUCACUGUAAGGAGCUGCUCCAAGUUGUCUGUUCUCAGAUCACAGAGUUCAGGAUGGUGCGAAAGUUUAAGAAAGAGAUCUCUGACUUCUUCUUUGAAUAUGACACCCCAAGGAUGGUCUUGGUCAGGGACAAGAAAGUGGGGCUGACCUUCAGGCUCAUCCAGUUUGGGGUCCUGUGCUACAUUGUGGGAUGGGUGUUCUUGUAUGAGAAAGGCUACCAAGCUGUAGAUGACAUCAUAAGCUCUGUCUCUGUAAAAAUGAAAGGCAUAGCUAUUACCAAUGUUUCUAACAUGGGUACAGAAAUCUGGGAUGUUGCCGACUAUGUUUUUCCUCCGCAGGGAGACAGCUCUUUUGUUGUUAUGACGAACUUCAUAAUUACUCCAGAGCAACAAAUGGGAAACUGUAGUGAGCUUCCUGAUGUAGCACCUUGCAAAACUAAUGAUGACUGCAUAGCAUUAUCUACUCGGCUGACCCAAGGUCUCCUUACUGGAAAUUGCAUACCUAUCAACAAUGAAAGUUCUGAACAGUCUUGUGAAGUCUAUGCUUGGUGUCCUGUGGAAAAUGACCAUGUUAUUCCUAACCCUCCAUUAUUGUUGCAGGCAGAAAACUUCACUUUGUUUAUAAAAAACAGUAUUAGCUUUCCUAGACAUAAAAUUAAUAGACAGAAUCUAGUGGAGUCGGUAACCAGCAGUUACCUCAAAACCUGCACUUAUCAUAAAGAUACAGACCCAUUGUGUCCUGUAAUUCGACUGGGAUAUAUUGUGGAGCAGACAGGACAGAAAUUCAGAGACAUAGCACAAAAGGGAGGAACAAUUAGUAUUGUAAUAGACUGGCACUGUGAUCUUGAUUGGCCGUUGAAACACUGCAAACCCACAUAUAAUUUCCAUGCCCUACACGAUGAAAACUCAGUCUCGAAAGGCUUCAACUUCAGACAUGCAAGGUACUACAAGGAGGGUGGAAUAAGGAAAAGGACAUUAUUCAAAGUUUUUGGCAUUCGUUUCGACAUCCUUGUGAAUGGAGAGGGAGGAAAAUUUGAUAUAAUUCCAACAAUGACGACAAUCGGCUCAGGAAUUGGUAUUUUUGGUGUGGCCACGGUUGUUUGUGACUUAAUGUUACUACAUGUACUUCCAAAAAGAAAUUACUACAAGGAGAAAAAAUUCAAGUAUACUAAAACUACAAAGAAAACAGUAAGCAAAGAAGACAGCUCACCUUAUGCUAAUAAUUUACAUGAGAAUUCAGAGGCCUCUGAGGUUCCAGAAACAGCAGUGCCCAGUUAAUAGAAAGAAGUAUAACAUUUCUAAAAAAGCAGAAGAAAUGCAACAAAGGAAGUCAUUAUCCAAAUACUUCAUGGAUUUGUUAUUUGGACCUACAACCAGUGCUUGCUGCAUCCUCAAUAUGGUUUUAUAAACAUUUGUCAUAAGAUGCCCUCUAGAAUGCCUUCAUUAAAAAAAAAAUAUAUAUUUACUGCCCAUAUUA